AUAGCCAAUUUUGAUUUAGUGGCUGUGGUAACCAGUGGAAACCAAUAUCGCUGGAUGUGUGUGUUGUCGGACCUCAGUGGGUGGGACCAAACGAUACCUCAACAACAAGAUGGAAUAAUCGUGACAAAUUCGGGAAACCCGUCAUUUACAACGUUAUAUUUACUUGUGGCAGGUUAUUCAUUGAAACACUUUUUAAAUGUCAGUUCUUAGGACAUGAAGGUUGUUGGCACAACAUCAACAAUGCAGCUGUCUCCCACCAACGGAGAUUUUACCUUCGUCUCGUCAACUGAAGCCGAGGAUCUAAGUGGUACUAUCGAUGCCCCAGAUGUUAAAUUGAACAUGGGCAGCGACGAUGCAAAAGACCCAUAUGCAACCACGUUCCUGAGGAAACGAGGCUAUGGCUGGCUACUGGAAGUAGACGAGGAUGACCCAGAAGACAACAAACCUCUUCUGGAGGAGCUGGACAUCGACCUGAAAGACAUCUACUACAAGAUCCGCUGUGUGCUGAUGCCAAUGCCCUCCUUGGGCUUCAAUCGGCAGGUUGUGAGGGACAACCCUGACUUCUGGGGUCCUCUGGCUGUAGUGCUCCUGUUUUCCAUGAUCUCCAUCUACGGACAGUUCAGGGUUGUGUCUUGGAUAAUUACCAUUUGGAUAUUCGGAUCUUUAACAAUCUUUCUGCUGGCUCGUGUUCUCGGUGGUGAGGUGUCUUAUGGACAAGUCCUUGGAGUGAUUGGAUACUCUCUACUCCCACUCAUCGUUAUAGCUCCAUUGCUUUUGGUCAUUGGGGGUUUUGAUGUUGUUUCUACACUAAUAAAGCUUUUUGGAGUAUUCUGGGCUGCUUACAGUGCUGCUUCUCUACUUGUUGGGAAUGAAUUCAAAACCAAGAAGCCUCUUCUCAUAUACCCUAUUUUCCUUUUGUACAUCUACUUCCUGUCACUAUAUACUGGGGUCUGAUUGGACAAAUGGCUACUGUGGGCACUUUGGUUGGAGACUGACACAAAGCACUGUGAAAAGACACACAAGGAUUCAUUCCACAAUGAAAAUAAGGAACAUGGAUUUUUUAAAAGGUUAUUUUCUCCCUCUUUUAUCUCUGUUUACAAUCCUAGACUGUGGGGAUAAGGGUAUAUGUUACGUCAGUGUAUUUAAAUGUGCCCCUUACCGCUUUGCUCAAUAAAAAGCAGUAGCGUAUAGUGUAAGGCUGCAUUCAGAUUUAAUUGUAAUUAGAACCCUGGUUUGCAUUCGCAUCAUAAUUAUUUAAUCAAGGUGUGAAAUCUGGUUUUGGUAAUCAUGUUGGGGUCACAUAGAUUUUUGUUAAUGCUUUUAUUCCAUAGAGGAAGGUGGUGCCAAAUACAGUGCACAAAUGUUCAAUUAGAACCAAGGGGUUAAGAAAGACGUCAACCCCUAACUGAGGUUCCACCAUUAUUUUGUAAGGUAGUGGGUUUAACAUACUGUUAUGCAUUAUUUAGUUGUCAUUUUAUGCACCUUUUACAAACCUUUAUUUCUUAACUUUAUGAAUUUCAGCCUGGGUAGGCCAGUAGAUGAUGGGCAGUUUGAGUGAAAUAAAACAGUCUACUAAA